AAGCCUGGACAUGUCAUCGCUAACUGCAACCUCCUAAAAAGUCAGCCAGAACCUGCCCAACAGAGCCCGUCCAGUCCAAAAGGGAUCGGCGUGAUCCUUGAAACCGGUAAAGGUAAGAACCCAGACCCCUGUUUCAAACCUUUUAUCUUUCAAGGUCUCGUCUCCCUGAGUGGCAAGCGCGCGGACGAGCGCUCUGUGCGCAUUCUGAGGGACACGGGAGGGGCACAAACGGUAAUCCUGGCUAAUUCACUGAAAUUUUCUGAACAUUCGUCUUCUGGUUACAGCACUGUACUGCGUGGGAUUGGUGUGGAGAACACGUCUCUCCCUGUGCAUCGCGUGCACCUGAGGUCCGACUUGGUGUCCGGCGUGUUCCCCAUGGCAGUCUGUCCAGGGCUGCCCGUAAAAGGCGUGGCUGUGCUGCUGGGGAAUGAUGUGGCUGGCGGUAAAGUACCACAUCCUGGAGUGUUGCCAAAACCCACCUUAGAGCAGCGUAAACGCAACAAUCAGCUCCGUCCUUCCAGACGCAAGCUGUACCCAGCAUGCGCCUUUACGCACACCCAGACUCGGAAUUACGCAGAUGUUUAUUUGACGGACGCCACUGAUUUUCGUACAAAUUCACGCACUGAUCUUGACGGAUCCUCUCCAUCGCAGGUGAGAAUGGGAGAGUAUCACAAGUCUGAUUUGGAACGCCC